CCGACUCUUUGUCUUCAUGUCUUGAUCUGAAUCCCAAUCUCAUCUCCUCUUCCUCUUCUUCUGUAUAAAUAAUUUCUAUCUGUCUCUCUCUCUGAUAUAAUCAUCCUUUUGAUCUUUAUUUACUGAUGGGUGCCGUGAAAAUCUUGUUUUUUAGGCUUGUCUUAUUAUUUUUCGUUGCAGCUUGUGUCACUCAAAGUUUCCGACUUUGAGGACAUUUUGUGAAGCUUUUCUCUUUACCACUGUUUCUGCUUUUUGUUUCCACUAGAAGCAGCAAAUCACAAUCUAGGGUUUUUUUUUUUUUUGCUGGGUGUGGAAAGGUAUACAUACCAUCAUUGGGAAUUAACACAGUUUUGUGGGUUAUCUUCACUUUUGAGAGAUUGGCUCUUUGUUUGAUUCGUCAAUUGUUGGAGCUUUUGAAGUACAUUCCAGAGGAAAAAAACAAAAGGAGAAACUGAGUAAACCCAUCUCAUGAUGUCUCUCUCUUCCCAUUUUCUUCUUAUUUUGCUACCAUUGUUCGCUUAUAUGCUCACACAGUUACACACACUCACGCGUACACAUGCACAUGUAUUCGCAAAUAAAAUGGCUUCUGGUCGGAUGUUUUGUGUUAGGAUUGUCUGUAUCGCUUAUAAUUGUUCCGAGAAAGUUGAUCCACUUUGUCUUGCGUUUGUUUCCCUCUUAGCGUUAUCAAGUUUAAAUCGUAUCAGUUUCCUUGUUUUUUUGUAUGGAGUAAGGUUCUUGUCCCGAGCAUCAAUGGGGGAAAUGGAAGAUAUGGCGGAGGAGAUGGCGGAUUCAUCGAACCCGGGUCUGGAAGUGUCGGUUUCGUUUGGUAGGUUUGAGAAUGAUUCACUUUCAUGGGAAAAGUUCUCAGCUUUCUCUCCAAACAAGUACUUGGAAGAAGUGGAGAAGUGUGCAACCCCUGGAUCUGUUGCUCAGAAGAAGGCUUACUUCGAAGCACAUUACAAGAAGAUUGCCGAGAGAAAAGCCGAGCUGCUGGAUCACGAGAAACUAACAGAAAAGAAGCCGUCUUUUAGAUCGAUCCUUCGGAAGAACCAGGGAGGUCUGCCAUGUGACGAAUGUACUUACGGUGAAGAAGAUAAGCAUGUGAUUGACAUUGCUACCGAAGUGAACCAACAUAAUGAAGAAACCGUGGUUGUUAAGGAAUGUCAAACCUCGGUUCAUGCGGUGAAUGAUGAAUUCAGGGAUGUUCUGGAUAGGCCCGAGUUGGAGAAACCGGAAGAGAUUGUCGUAGUUAUGGAAGAGAAACCAGGAGAGGUUGUCUUAAUGGAAGAGGAACGAGAGAACGAAGUCAAAGAGGAUAUCCCAUAUAAGGAUUCUAACAAUAUGAAGGAACGGCCUGUGAAAGAGAUGAACAAAGCGAAAGAUGAUGAUAAUCUUACAAAGACAAAGGAUGGAAAUACGGGGAUGAAUCACACCAGAGGCGCUCCCAUGAGUAAUACCGUGAACAAGAAACAGAUAUCCAGCAAGACUGUGACAGAUAUGAAAACUCGGCCAGGCAAGGGGACUAACUUGACAUCUGUUGCAACAAAGGAACCGGCCUCGCCUCUUCCGAAAGCUCGAGGGUUUUCAACUCCAAGAGUGUCCAAGCCGGCUUCAAUGCCCACAUCUCGUUCUUCGGUAAAGAAGGAAAAGGCCUCGAAUUUACCGAGAAACAAGCAAACGGCUCCAAAGUCGUCAUUGCAUAUGUCUCUCAGUGUGGGUCCAUCCGGCUCUGAUCCUACCGCUCUUACCACCACCAGGAAAUCUCUGAUUAUGGAUCGAAUGGGAGAUAAGGACAUUGUGAAAUGUGCUUUUAAGACGUUCCAGAAGAAUUUCAACCCAUCGAAAUCUUCCAUGGAUGGGCAAAGUCCAGCUUCGGUGAAGAUUCCUGCAAAGGCUUCAAGAGUUUCCUCAUUAACUACUGCUCCGAAAGAGAAUGGCAGAUCUGCAAAAGUGGGCAGCGUGGAGAAGAAUCGUUCUUCGUCUUUUGGACUGAAAAACAACAAGACAGCCGAGAAACAGAAAGAGUGGUUUCUGAUUCCAAAGACGUCCAGAGAGAAAUCUGGCGCAAGAACUGUGGAGAGGAGGAACUUAAAGGCAGGAGUGACGGAUGGCAAAACCAGGAGGCACAGUCUUGAUCCGAAAUUCAAACCCAUGCAAGGCUCUAUACCGGGAACCAGAGGAUCUUCAGACAAGGACGGUUUUAGGAAAAGGGAAACAAGUUUUUUCACCUGAAACGGGAUCAAAGACCAGAAAAACAGAGCCAGUAUCCUCUGUUUUGCUGGAGGAGUUCCCAAAUAGGAGUGUGAGUGAUAAUUUUAAUAAUCAGCAGGGAAGUAGUUAUAUCUACAGUUCAGUGUGUGUGUGUGUAUGUGUAUAGAGUAUCUAUCUUCAUGUGAUAGAUUACGUGCUCCCCAAGUUAUACGAAACUCUUCACUGGCAAUAUAUUAUUUACAAAGCAACGAA